AUGGUGCAGUUAUUUUAUUAUGAAACUCGUGGCAAGUGUUGUAGGAAGGUGUUCAGUUAUGAAGGUUGUCCAACUAAAGUUUUAAUGUUUCCUUAUGAAGGUUGGGCUCAACCAGCUCUCAUCACAUACUGGUUACUCAAAACAUAUUGGUGGAGUCGCUCAAAAUGUAAAAUUGUGGAGGUUACCGGACCUAAAAAGACAAGCACCAAGGGUAAAAUGAUAGAUAAAGGUAACGGUACAAUGAUUAUAACUGGACGCUUUAAGGAUUCUUCGUCCCCGGAUUUUAGGAUGUUUCUAACGACGAAUAUAGACCCUGGAGAUUUCCAGAUGGGGUAUUGUGUAACCGGAACUCUAGAACGUGGUGAUAAACGCAAGUCCGAUCUUCAACUGACACAUUAUUCUAUGAUCAAAAGAAAAGGUUAUUAG